AUGUCUGUCAGUGCGAUUGUUCACGCUACGUUUGAAGCUAGAGAAGGCUAUCAAAUUCAAAAAAUAUUUCCCGAGGAUUUCUAUCUUGAAGGAAUUGAAUAUGCUCUUUUUCCUAGCGGAAUUCAAGAAUUGGAUCAGUGUAUAGUAGCAUUUCAUUAUCGAAAUCAGCUAUGUUUAAGCAAGCUUUAUGAAAGGAAUGCGUACUUCUCUUCAGUUGGUAUACUCUUACAAGACGCGGAGAUAAAUUUUGAGGAAGCUGCUGCGAAAUACUUGAAGCUCUUGGAUUUCGUAUCGGUAGCCAUUGUCUCCUCUAGUUCAUUGAAGGAAAUAAACAUGGUGAACAAUUCUGUUUAUGCAGCUUUUCUGGAUUCCUUUCAAGCUUCUCAUGGUCCUAAUUAUUCGUUUGAAGAGUAUCAGCAAGGGUUGAGAACAGCUGUCUUGAAGCAAAACUUCAGUGCCAUUCUUUCCAUCUUCAAUGCCCAGGAAGAAACUUUAUAUGAUCCAUUUUCACCUGACCUAAUCCGACACUAUUAUUUUCUGAUACAGAGUUGGUUAGGUCCUGUUUUCCUCAUGUUAUAUAAAUAUUCGAUGCAAGGAAAGCGGAUUCUUUUGGUUUCAUCACAUAACCACGAGCUUUACUCGAUUAUGGAUAUCAUUACUCGUUUAAGUUCUGCUUUUGAUGAAGAUAAUCGGAUUAUUCCGAAUUCCCUACACAAAUUUUAUUCUGUAGGACUAACAGAUAUUGACAUUCUCGAAAAUUCGAACCAAGAAAAAGGGUGGAUAGCUUUGACAACUGAUUCCAUAUUGUUAUCCAAGUCAUCUCUUUACGAUAUUGCCUUCAUUUGGCCAACAGGUCCAUUGUCCAAAUCGUGUCCUCCAAAAAUUCAACUUUCAAAUGGUCUUCUCUUACGAACGUCUUAUGAGGAUUUACUGAAUUUUUAUUUCAUUUGUGAAAAGUUUAAUCCCCAGAUCGCAAGUACCUUAAAAUUUACAAACCAUUCAUUUGGAGCAAUUUUACAUAUCAUCCUCUUCAAUUCAACACGCUUUAAUUUAGUCCGAUCCUUAGCUACUACCAACGAAACUAAUUUAUUUGCAGCUUUUAUGAGGUACAAUCAGCUACUUAUAAAUCGCUUGAAUCAGUAUCAUGACAGCAUCAGCAUUCCGGACAUGAGAAACCUAGGGUGGAACCCUUUUAGACAACUCGAUCGAGAUUUUAUCUUCAAUGUUGCACAGCGUUGGGCUAAGAAAUAUGUUCAUUACCGCUAUCCUUCGUAUGCUUAUUUGAUGCAACCGACUGCUUGGGGCGUCCAUUCCCUUUUACUCUUUGUCAGUAUAUGGAGAAAGUCUAUUCCCACAAUGAUUCUUUAUUUAUUAUUUUUAAAGUGGUGGUACAGUUAG